CUAGUAUAUUAGUUGCCCUUAGGUAGAGCGUCUCAUCAUGGACACGAGUUCGAACUCGCUGACAAAUAUCGCAGUGCUGGUGGAUUUGCAUUCCCGAUUUGUGCUUAUCCAGACUGGCACCAGCAGCAGUGCAGCACACUCGGAAGUCCACUCCAAAUACGAUAUUAUUACCCACGUAAUUGUUCAACAUCCAUUAACUCCAUAUUCUGGUGAGCGCCUUCUGUUUGCAGACGGGACUCAGUCUGUUACUCUUGUCGUAACUGCGAGCGUCGGAGCGGGCGGUCCUCGACACCGAACGUCGAAUGACGUCCAACGCACGAAGCCCUCGAAUACUUCCGUUACACACACCUUCGCACUCGUUUCACACACGUUCGUUACUAUGCGUUUGUCGUCCGUCUUCUCCGUGUUCGCAACGGUCGCACUUGUCGCGGCUUCUACCCUUCCUGCAGGUGCCCCUAGCACGGGCGCUGUUAAUGGAGGUCUCCCCGGAGUCCCAUCGUCUGGGACUCUCGGUGGAGGGUCCCCCAACAGCUCCUCUAAUGGUGAAGUAAAAGUUUUAAAGGCCGAUUCCGAGUCUGCACCGCCUAGUAGUGCCACUGACGGAAGUCCAGGUGCUACGUCGAGCGGAACAACUACUCCCCCAUCAAACAAGAAUGAUCUUCCCGUCCAACUACCUGUUCCCCGCGCUGAGGCUCUUGUAGAGCGUCUUGAACCUGUCAGUCCUUCAACUCUCAAGAAUGAUUCUGGCGCUGGCAAAGAUGCGAGCGGUGGUAAUGGUUCCACCUCGCCCGCCAGGUUCACAAAGAAGAAGCGUUUGGGACCUGUUGGCGUUUCUAAUGUCAAAAGCGCUUUUGGUGUCGGCAAGAGCUCAAGCGAUGGUAGUGGCUCUUCCAAGCCCAUGAAAGAGAAGAGCGGCGCGCCAUCGUCUGCGUAG